UGUCCUUGUUUUGGCUACAGCAGGCUACAGGCAUGUGCGUGCACAGUGCGGUUUAUUCCAUUAAAUUUGUGCGAUUUUAGCUGGAAGCUUGUAAGUUUAAAAGUCGUUCACCUUUCGUGUCAGACACAGAGAGAGCUUGGAGCAACAUCUGUUGCAGUUGACCAGUGUUGAACGGUGUAUUAUCAGUGAAAUGUACUCUGUACUAUUCAAGCAAGAGCAAGCGCAUGAAGAUUCGAUAUGGAGCUGUGCUUGGACAAAGAUGGAAAAAGAUGGCACAAACUACAUCCUCACGGGUUCAGUUGAUGACACUGUUAAGUGUUGGAAAUGGGACGAAGAGAAACUAGACCUGCAGCACGUUCUUGAAGGCCAUGCUCUUGGAGUUGUCUCAGUUGACAUCGCACAUGAUGGAAGUGUGGCUGCUUCUAGUUCUUUGGACUCCAACAUAAAGCUGUGGGAUUUAGCAACAGGAGAGGAAAAGAAAAGCAUAGAUGCUGGUCCUGUGGAUGCCUGGUCAGUCACCUUCUCACCAGAUUCUCGGUUCCUGGCUUCGGGAUCUCAUUCUGGAAAGAUAAACCUUUAUGGCGUAGAAAGCUGCAAACUGGAGUCAUCCCUUGACACAACAGGAAAAUUCACACUGAGUAUUGCAUUUAGUCCUGAUGGAAAAUAUAUUGCCAGUGGAGCCAUCGAUGGCAUCAUCAAUGUAUUUGACAUCUCUACAGGGAAGCUGGUACAUACACUAGAAGGCCAUGCAAUGCCCAUCAGGUCAUUGACGUUCUCACCAGAUUCCCAGAUGUUGGUCACAGCAUCGGAUGACUGUCACAUAAAAGUCUAUGAUGUCCAACAUGCGGACCUUGUUACAACUCUCUCGGGUCAUGGCUCUUGGGUGUUGCACGUUUCAUUUUGCUCAGACAAUGCCCAUUUUGCAUCAAGUUCAUCAGACAAGACUGUGAAGGUAUGGAACUUGGCAGCUAAGGAAUGUGUGCACACAUUCAGUGAGCACUCCGACCAGGUGUGGUGUGUGAAGUACAAUCCUAAUGGAAGCCGGCUAGUGUCAGUGUCUGAAGACAAAAGUAUCGUAAUUUACGACUGUCCAGUGUAAUAAAUAUCCAGUAUCCCUGUC